UUUUAUUUUACAAAUUUUGUAUUUUUUGAAUGUCUUGAUUGAAUAAAUAUUUUAAUAUAAUGCAAACUCCCAAAACUGAUGUCACUUAUUCUUCAGCCAGAAAGUUUCUUUCUCAGAAAAGAGAAAUGUUCUUUCGAGAUACACCUGCUGUUGUGCCAAAUGUUCCUGCAAGUUUUGUGAACAACUUCACUCCUGCACCGCCAGUCUGUAAUGGAAACAACAAAGAGCAGCUCACCUAUGCUAAAGAAAUAUCCAGGAAAGAAAUGGACGGGUAUGUGGGAUUCGCAAACUUGCCAAAUCAAAUAUAUCGGAAAGCGGUCAAGAAAGGUUUUGAUUUCACGCUUAUGAUAGUUGGUGAAGCGGGCUUAGGAAAAUCCACAUUACUUAAUUCCAUGUUCCUGACAGAUAUAUAUUCCAAUGAAUAUCCUGGACCUUCUUUGCGGCCAAAGAAAACUGUUCAAGUAGAAGUAGCUAAAGUACUGUUGAAAGAAAAUGGUGUAAAUUUGCAUCUAACUGUUGUUGAUACACCUGGUUUUGGUGACAAUGUUGAUAAUUCAGAAUGUUGGCAGCCUAUUAUAGACUUUAUUGAAAAUAAAUUUGAAGACUAUCUAAAUGGUGAAUCUAGAGUUCAUAGGAGUUUUGCACCAGAUAGUAGAAUACACUGUUGUCUAUAUUUUAUAGCUCCAUCUGGUCAUGGCUUGAAACCUUUAGAUGUUGAAUUUAUGAAGAGAUUACAUGACAAAGUGAACAUUGUUCCUGUUAUUGCUAAAGCUGACACAAUGACUCCAGAAGAGUGUGCCACAUUUAAAAAAUCUAUUCUGGGAGAAAUUGCGCGAAACAAAAUUAACAUAUAUGAAUUUCCUGACUGUGAUGAUGAAGAAGAAAAUAAACUACUCAGGCGGUUAAGAGAUCGUGUACCAUUUGCUGUUGUAGGAAGUAAUACAGUGAUUGAAGUAAAUGGAAAAAGAUUAAGGGGGAGACGGUAUCCUUGGGGUGUUGCGGAGGUUGAAAACAUGGAGCAUUGUGACUUUCUUGCUCUUAGGGAUAUGCUUAUUAGAACACAUAUGCAAGAUCUAAAAGAAAUUACAAAUAAUGUGCAUUAUGAAAAUUAUCGUUGUAAGAAACUAACAGCAUUUACUGAUGGAAAACCUGUGCGAAUAUCAAAUAAUUUAUGCCCUCAAAGGAUAUUAAAUACCUUUAUGGUAUUUUGGAAUCCAUUAGCCCAAAUGGAAGAAGAAAAAAAAGAACACGAAUUAAAAAUGAAAAAGAUGGAACAAGAAAGAGAAGUGCUUUUUGAACAGAAAGUACAGGAAAAAUUCCAGAAAUUGAAAGACUCUGAAGCAGAUCUUGAAAAACGCAACGAACAAAUGAAGAGAAGUUUAGAAGCGCAGCACAAAGAGUUAGAAGAGAAAAGACUGGCUUUUGAAAGGGAAAAAGCUAAUUUUGAAGCUAUAAACAAAGAGGAAGAAACCAUUAGGCGCAUGUCCAUCGAUAUAAAGGACCCAAGUGAUUCAAAAGAGAAGAAAAAGGAAAAGAAAAAAGGUUUAUUUUAGUUGUAAAUAAUCAGUUUAGAAAAUUUCAUCUUCAUGAUCUGAAUAAUUUUUUUGUAAACGCUGUUGCCUGUUGCGAAAAUCAAAUGGAAUCUUCUGUUUUUGUCCAGGUCUGGAGUGUACAGAAAACUUGACAAAACAUCAUUCAGUAACUUUUGCAGUUUAUUUACUUUUUUUUCUAA